GACUCCACUGAGAGCAAGUUGUCAGUUUCCCCAGUUAACCCUGCACUGUGUUCAGUCUGUAUUCAAGUCCCGCUUUGGUUUGAACUGUGUUAUAAUUGGGGGCUGAGGUUUCUGCGGUCAAGAUGGGAGUGCCGAAGUUUUACCGCUGGAUCUCGGAGCGCUAUCCGUGUCUGAGUGAAGUUGUGAAGGAACAUCAGAUUCCAGAAUUCGACAAUCUCUAUCUGGACAUGAAUGGGAUCAUUCACCAGUGUUCCCACCCCAACGAUGAGGACGUCCACUUCCGCAUCUCCGAGGAAAAGAUCUUCGCUGACAUCUUCCACUACCUGGAGGUGCUCUUCAGGAUCAUCAAGCCGCGCAAGGUUUUCUUCAUGGCCGUGGACGGCGUGGCGCCAAGGGCAAAGAUGAACCAGCAGAGAGGACGCAGAUUUAGGUCCGCCAAAGAAGCAGAGGAUAAGAUAAAAAAAGCUCUGGAUAAAGGAGAGGUGCUUCCCACAGAGGCUCGCUUUGAUUCCAAUUGUAUCACUCCAGGCACUGACUUCAUGGCAAGACUCCAGGAGCAGCUCAAGUAUUUUGUCCACAACAAGCUCUCCACUGAUAGGCUGUGGCAGAAUGUCAGAGUCUACCUGUCCGGUCAUGAGACACCAGGGGAGGGAGAACAUAAGAUCAUGGAGUUUAUUCGCUCUGAGAAUGGCAAGCCGGGCCACAACCCUAACACCCGACACUGCCUAUACGGUCUAGAUGCUGAUCUGAUCAUGUUGGGUUUGACCAGCCACGAGCCAAAUUUCUCCCUGCUCAGAGAGGAGGUCCGCUUCGGAGGAAAGAAAAACCAGAAAAGGAUAACAGCUCCAGAGGAAACAACUUUCCACUUGCUUCACUUGUCUCUCAUGAGGGAGUACAUUGAUUAUGAGUUCUCUGACAUCAGGAAACACAUUGGUUCUGACUAUGACUUGGAGCGAAUAAUAGACGACUGGGUCCUAAUGGGGUUCCUCGUGGGAAACGAUUUCAUCCCUCACCUUCCUCAUCUUCACAUCAACCACGAUGCUCUGCCACUGCUGUACAAGACCUACAUCAGUGUACUGCCCAGCCUUGGGGGUUAUCUGAAUGAGAACGGCCACCUAAACCUUAGGAACUUUGAGAAAUACCUGGAGAAACUUUCUGAGUUUGACCGGGAACAUUUUAGUGAUGUGUUUGUGGACCUGAAGUGGUUCGAGAGUAAAGUUGGUAACAAGUAUCUGAACGAGGCAGCGGGCCUGGCAGCAGAGAAGGAAGCUGCCAGCAAAGACACCAACAAGGAGGAUUCGUCUCUCUGCCUGGCAGCUCUGACCUCAUCAGACAGAGUGACGGAAGGAGGGAAAGCAGAAGACGAGGAAGAAGAGGAGGAUAUGUUUGAAACGGAGUUCAGACAGUACAAACGUACAUACUAUAUGACCAAAAUGGGCGUGGAUGUGGUGUCAGAUGAGUUUCUAGCCCAGCAGGCCAAAUGUUACGUGGAAGGUAUCCAGUGGAUUCUGCACUACUAUUACCACGGCGUCCAAUCCUGGAGCUGGUACUACCCCUACCACUACGCUCCCUUCCUGUCCGACAUCAGGAAUAUAUCCGGGUUAAAGUUGACCUUCGAUCUCGGAAAACCCUUCAUGCCCUUCCAGCAGCUGUUAGCGGUCCUGCCUGCUGCCAGCAUGGCACUGCUGCCCGAGAGUUACAGGCCCCUGAUGACCAGUGAAAAUUCAGCCAUUAUUGAGUACUACCCUCUAGACUUUAAAACGGACCUCAAUGGGAAGCAGCAGGAGUGGGAGGCUGUGGUGCUCAUUCCCUUCAUAGAUGAGAGGUGCUUGCUGGCAGCCAUGGAGCCAUGCAAUCAUAAGCUGACUAAAGAAGAGAAGGCCAGGAACUGUCACACAGAGUGCGCCGUCUACACAUACGACCCCGAAAUAGACUUCUCCUACAGCUCCAGCCUACCUCAGUUGUUCCCCGACAUCGUCCACUGCCACGCCAGGAAAGCAAACAUCGCCAUGGACGCCUGGCACGUGGGGUUAGAUCACGUGGGCAGGCGCAUGGAUAAGUCAGCUCUGUACUUCUGCGGCUUCCCCACCCUGCAACACAUCAGACACAAGUUUUACAAGAAGAAGAGUGGCGUGGUUGUGUUCCAGCAGAGCAGCAGAGGGGAGAACACGAUGCUGGACAUCCUCCCCAGCCAGGAAGGAGAGCCGGUCUGCGAUGAUGUUGCUGCACGAGUACUCGGCAAGCCGGUGUUUGUCAACUGGCCGCAUCUAGAGGAAGCUCGUAUUGUUGCAGUGUCGGACGGAGAGACAAAGUUUUCUCUAGAGGAACCACCAGGUGUCCAAAGAAUCUAUGACAGGCCCUCCACUCCCCCUCCCACCAAAGUCAACCGCCUGUCAGACAAGGAGCAGAAGGACUGGGUGAAAGACGUCCAGGGAAUCACUGAAUAUUUCAUGAAGAGGAAAGGCAUCAUAGUGAAUGAGACAGUGGUGGUUUUAUACGGCCAGACGCUGACGGGAAGGAAAUACGUCCCCAAAGCCAACGGGGUGGUGGAGCUAGAGAAACAGUGGUCCAAACAAGUUCUUCCUUUCGCCUACCAGACUGUGGUUAAGGACAUCAAGGCCUUUUACUCGUCCCUGACCUGCUUUAAGAGCUUAGACGAGCUCUUUCCUCCUGCAACUACCGUCUUCAUGGUGGGGAACCCGUACUACGGUGCCAUUGGAGAGGUGCAGGACUCCAGCGAUGUCAUCAAAGACGGCCGGGUCCGUGUGGUCUUCAACGUGCCGCACGAGCCUCAGUUAGAGCCCUUAAUCCAGAACCAGCAUAAAUACUGUGUGAAGUACAGUCCCGGAUACGUCCUGGCGUCUCGCCUUGGCAUCACCAGCUACCUCGUCUCCCGCUUCUCAGGAAGUGUUUUCAUUGGCAGAGGAUCAAAGAGGAAUCCCUGCGGUGAGCAAAAAGCUAACGUUGGCCUGAAUCUGAAGUUCAACAAGAAGAAUGAAGAAGUUCCCGGAUACACCAAGAGAACUGAAAAAGAGUGGCUAUACUCUGCUGCUGUGGAGGAACUGCUCGCUGAAUACCUGGACCGAUUUUCCGAGGUAUUUAACUCAGUGUCCAGAAACAGCCAUGAUGAUGUUUUCUAUGAGGAUGACAUCUGGCCUGGAGAGGACCAGAACGGGGCCGAGAAGGUGUCUGAAAUCACCUCAUGGUUGAAAAGCCACCCAGUCAGCUCCAUCAGCAGGUCGUCAUGUGACCUGCAGGUGCUAGACACGGCCAUCGUUGAGAGGAUCGAGGAGGCGGUGGAGAAAUCCAAGGUGAAGAAGAGCACCAAGAAAGUCCGUGUGACUGUCAAGCCUCACCUCUUGUUCAGGCCAUUGGAGCAGCAGCAGGGUGUGGUCCCAGACCCCGACGGCGAGUAUCGCCUGUUUGACAGAGUCAUCAACGUGAGGGAGAGCUUCACCGUCCCUCUGGGACUCCGAGGAACCGUCAUCGGCAUUAAAGGAGCUGAGCGGGAGGCAGAGGUUCUCUAUGAGGUGCAUUUUGAUGAGGAAUUUGCUGGAGGACUGAACAUCAGGUGCGCGUCACUCCGUGGUUACCGCCUCCCCCCCUGCGCUCUCAUCAACCUCUCCCACGGCGCCCGAGUGGAUCACACCUCCCACAAGCUCACCGCCAUUGUCAAACCUCAGCCCGCUGCGGCCGGCAACUUCAACUCCCAAAGGCAGAUGGGCGGCCUCAACCACUCGCCGCGGUCACCCUUCAUACCCACACAACACAACAACAAACACAACACAGUGAAAGCAGCGUCCCAAGGCAACAGGAGCUCUCCCUCUAAGGGUCCCAUCCAAAAACAACAGGCCAAGGGUAAAGAAGAGUACAGUAAUGUGUGGCAGACUCUGCAGAACUCAGGACCUCCUACCAAACCUCCUGCUCACUGGCAAAAUAAUGCCCCAGCUGGUAACAUCAGGCUAUUGAAGAAAAGCGAAGAUGCCAACUCUCUUUUACCCACACAGAACACAGCCAAUAAGACCACCACUGAGUUUGAGGACCUGAUAGCCAGUCUCAAGAUUUCCAAGGGUACCCCACCUCCUGCUGCACCUGCACAAGCACCCACCAGCCAAUCAGACGGGCCGUUGUCUCCACAGUCCUUUGCCAUGAAGGGGACCAUGAUGCUGAAGGAGAUGCUGAAGAUUGACAGCGCUGGAACAGGAAGUCCCUCCCCCCAGGACAUGGCCUCCUCCGGGGGUCAGCAGCAGAACAGGAGACGAUCAUCCAAAAAACUGGCUGCAAACAUGAACGUCCCACACGGAGACACAGCUUCACCAGUUCCUCCUGCGUCCGCCACCUCGGCCAACCUCCCCAACACCAUGCUGGCCAGUAAGGUGUCAGAGCUGGCGUGUGUGUGUGUGGGGUUGGGCAUGGCACCACCCGAUUUCAGCUUCAUAAGGAACAGACAGGGUCUGGUGGUGUGUCAGGUGAAGCUGUCCAACGGGUUGAUGGUUCAUGGUCCACAGUGUCAGUCAGAAAAUGAUGCCAAGGAGAAAGCUGCUUUCUUUGCCUUACAAAGACUGAACUCAGUGGGCUCAGGCUUCCCCCUCCCACCUCCUAUGUUCCCCGGGAUGGGCCAGAUACGACCUCCACCUAUUGGAGCCAUGAACCCAGUCUUCAACCAAUCAAGUGGCUUGCUGUUGCCCCCCCAGGGUUACCCCGCGCCUCUAUGGGGGAUGCCUCUUCCUCCCCACCACCACCAGAACCAACCGUUCUUCGGAGCUACUGGGACAUUCCCCGGUGCUGCUCGCCCCCAACCUGCCACAUCACUGCCCAUCGGCUCACACAACCAGUUCAUCCCGUUACAGGUGACUAAGAAGCGAGUCUCGGCCAAUAAGAAGAACCAAGAAACUCGAGAGUUCUACAGCGCCGCCCACACCGUCGCCAGGAACCAAUCGCAGAAAGCCCAAAACCAGGUGUCCGGCCAAUCAGACCAACAGCCCGCCAGCAGCAACCCCUCCUCAACCAGUCCCAGCCCAGCAGACGUCGUGCCCAUGACCCCUCCUCGGCAAAACCCCCCAUCGACAGGCCACACCCCCGGCUCAUCCUCAAAAAGGAAGCACAGGAAGCUGGCUGUCAAUUUUGAAGCGGCUAAAGUCUCUGAGUGAUGAGCUGCUGUGUGUGUUUGUGUGCGUGUGUGCGUGUUGGAGAGAGCGAGAUAGGCUCAGCUGUAUUAAGGCCUGACUCAGCAUCUCUGAUCAAAACCUCCGUCAUUGUGAAACAUUUUCACGCAACGUUUCAGUGCAGAAAGCAGCUUCAGUCAAGACAUUGGGUCAUAUUUUCAUGUUUUACUAACAGGAACAUUUCCCACUUUUAUUUUGUCAUCUGCCUCUAAUCACACAGAUCAAACAUGGCAUCUCUUCACCUCUUCACUUCAGGUCAGGUACACUUGUUCAUCAAAAGUUUGCUCCAUUCUGUUAAAAUGA